GUUGGACUCCCAUAUUCCACGAGGCUUUCGUAGAGAGAAAGAGAGAGUGAGAGAGAGAUUUCUUCUUUGCCGCUGCGGAAGGUUUCUUUUCAAAGCUCGCUCUUUAAAGUUUGAAUUUAAUUAAAAAAAAAGGAAGAAAGAAAUGGCUCGCUCUUUCUCAAACGUUAAGCUUUUCUCUACUAUUGUUGUCGAUGGAAUCUCGAACGCUUUCUCCAGACGAGGAUAUGCGGCGGCAUCACAAGGAGUUGCACCGAGUGGAGUAAGAGGAGGAGCGGCAACAAACUCUGCGGUGGUGAAGAAAACAGGGGAAGAGAUGGUAGGAGCUAAAGAGAAGGUUUCAUGGGUUCCCGACCCAGUUACCGGAUGCUAUAGACCUGAGAACUGUGCCAAGGAGAUCGACGUGGCCGAGCUCAGAGCCAUGCUCUUGAAGAAGAACUAAAAUUUAUGACUAUAUAUAUAUAUAUAUAUAUAAAUUAGUACAACAAGAAGGCUAACCCGCUAAUAAUUCAAUGGAUUGACGAGGUUGGUUCCAAAUGUUAUCUGCCGCAUGGGCUAUUGGUGGUGUGGUGUCUAAAGGGAAGAUCUUUUCCUUUGGCUGAAAAGAGACUUCUGCUUGCUUGCUCCUCUGUCCUUUGCAAACGAAAUAGAUUUGACGACGUUGUUUCUUGAUUUCUCUUGUAGUCGGAAUAGCAUUUAUAAUAAUAAAAUCAGAACUUUUUUACUUA